ACCUAUACAUUACAGAGGUAGUCACUUGUACUAACUAUUCUUCAAAACCUAUAAUGUACGGGAAGUCGACUGUGAGUGAGUUUGGUGGGAUUCCGCCUGUGGUUAGUAGCACCACCGAGUCGGAAGUAAUUCGGGGCAACCCCGAUGGAGUCGGUAGCAAUGGAGUUGAUUCGAUUGACAACCGGAAUGUCUCAUACGGGCUCGACGACGCGGACGGCGGGAGUGAUGACAUUUGUGAUUUUGAGGGAAUCGAUGGGGUUGUUUACUCGGAGCUCUCCGUAAUGCCGAGCGGAGACGCCGGUGACCAGCUCACUCUCUCUUAUUGUGGCCAAGUCUACGUCUUCGACAAUGUCACAACGGACAAGGUGCAAAAGGUGUUUUUACAUCUUGGGGGAUGCGAAUUCCCAGUUGGUCAGCAAGGUGCAGAAUUAGCAUACCAAAAUGAGAGAGAUUUUGAUUAUCUUGCUCGCUGUAGCGACCCUCGCAGAGCUGCUUCUCUGAGCAGGUUCCGUCAAAAGAGGAAAGAACGUUGCUUUGAGAAGAAGAUCAGAUACAAUGUUCGUCAAGAAGUUGCUCUUAGGAUGAAGCGUAAGAAAGGCCAAUUUGUAACAUCCCAAAAGGAAAAGGAAAAGGAAUCUGGUCCCUGGAACACUGCUGCAGAGGCUGAGGGUGGAGCAGAAGAUGAGAUGGCAGUCACAACUAUAUCAUGUGGUCAUUGUGGUAUUCGGUCCAAGGACACCCCUAUGAUGCGACGAGGGCCAGAUGGUCCUAAGACUCUUUGCAAUGCCUGCGGACUUUUCUGGGCAAACAGGGGCACAAUGAGGGACCUUUCAAAGAAAUCCAGUGAUCAUUCUUCUUCUCUAGCUCAACAGGUCUACAAUUGUAAGGAUGAGUACAUGCCUAGAUGCAGUAAUGCUGCUGAGCUGGGGUUUGGUAACUGAGUUGAUACCAUUAUCACCUGCUUCUCUUCUCUUCUCUUCUCUUGCAUAUAUGUUGGUUAUAAAUAUAUCAAUAUCAAACUAAUAGACCUUUGUACCUUACUUUACUUGGUGUACAUAUGCAUUUGAUGGAUUUAAUCCGCAAAUCUGACCUCAAACUCCUUACUCUCUUGGGGUCUUUUUUAAAAAUCCCCAGCAUACUUGAGUAAAGACUGAAACUUAACUUUGA